AUGGCGGAGGCGGAAAGCGCACCCGAACAGCCGCUGUUUUCGUUCGGCGUGGUGGCUGAUAUCCAAUACGCGGACAAGGACACGCGCACGUCGUCGGACGGCAGGCAGCAGCGCUACAGAGAGGCACCGGGCAAGCUGGCAGCAGCAGUGGCUGCGUUUAAUGAGGCACAGCCGCCCCUGAGUGCAGUGGUGACGCUGGGCGAUAUAGUGGACGGCAGGGACACAGAAGAGGCGACUCUGGAGGACUUUAGGGUCGUGCUGGGGGAGCUGGACAAGGUGCGGUGGGGCUAG